AUGCUUGGUGAGUGCUUGGAGUUUUAUUCCAGGCUUCUUAUUCAAGAAGAGUAUUUAAUAGAUGACGUCGGGAGAGCAAGCUUGUGGCCACUGGUUCAUGUUCGAUUAUCCAAGUAUUUACGAAAUGGCGGCGGGCGGGAUGGCAGCUUGCGAAACGGCAGUUUAAUAGACGGACUGGAGGAAUGCGUGACGGCAAAGGAGUAUACUGGAUUGAGCGCGGGCGAGGUCUGUACACUAUUAACUGCCAAUGGCAGGUUUGAUUGGGAGCUUACAACAAAGUGGUUUGUCUGUGUACAGAUGCUGAUGGAUUCCAUUUUUAUGGGAACGCCUGCUCCGGAAGAUCUAGAAUCAGUAGAGGAUAGUUAUUCCUUAUGCCGUGUGAGAGUGCCUCCAGAUCAAGCCCAGGAUGAUGCAGGUGGGUGGCAUGCGAAUGGGUGGUAUGCCGAAGAGAGUACCCAAGCUUGGCUGGUGCCGGCCCUAUCUUUGAUCGGCAGAAUAGAGGUUGGGGAUUUGGCGGUGGUCGAGCACCUGUCUGUUCUCUGUCUAGACAUGUCGCUGCAGGCUGUUAAGAUGUGGAGCACCUGCAAGUGGAUUGAUGGCAUGCAUGCUGCAGGUGACCUUCUUAUACUUGUCUCGAUUUGUGUUGGAAGCUUUUGCGGGCAUUCAUUACCGGAUAUAUCCGAUGAAGCAGCAUCUGUAGCCGAGAAACGACUGAACGUAAUUUUACGACGGGUGGAGAUGAAUGAGGAUGUGGAAUUUGCAGAGGAUAUUCGGAAGGGCAUUCCGCUGGUCUUGUAUUUGUUCAAUUCUCGCGAUUAUUUUGAGUUGCCCUUCCUACAGCGGUUGGAAUUAUUGAUGGACGUAGGUGCACCGCGUAUUCCCAUGGCUGUUUCUGUGCCGUCUGGUGUGUUAGCCGAAGUCCAGCAAUUUGUUCAGUCUGCAGGGCUGUCCUGGCAGAGUCGUUACGAGUCGUUGGUCCGGAUUCAGUGUCGCGUGGAAUUUUUCGAGCGUCGGCGAAAAUGUUUUUCAUUUGAAGAGACGGUGGAAAUACUGGAGAUCCUGUUUGCCUGGCUGACUGAGGAACUUAAGACAGACGCCUCCUGGAUCAAUGAGACGCGCAAGUCUUGUCGUGGUAGAGUGGUUGAGGUCUUGGUCAGAUUAUUGGAGGCAGCGAAUAGCUGCAUAGGGCAGAGGAGACCAAGCGUCGGCGACAAGUGGGAGAUUCCAUUGUACAACAUGCAGCCCCAGCUACUCCUGGCGAACGAGGAUAUGGUGGUUGAAUUGUUCGGUUUGCUUUGUCGUACGUGGGCCUUUGAGAUUUCAGCCACCUCCGACAUCUAUAUGGUAAGCCCCAUGAAACGUGUUGACUACCAAGUGGCAGACCAUAAUAAGUCGCAUGACCUCGUGUACGCUGCCGAGGACUACGUAGACUUAAUUGCCACCCUGGCGCAAACUGUCGGGUCCGAGGUCAUGCCCCUGGCGCGAGACCGAAGAAGCGAAAUGGAAGACCUGCUAGAACAACUGGUUGUUGUCAGCUACUCUGGCAUCUCCCAAGGACUACCGUUGUUUUUAGACGAUUCUAUUUCCCAACCGCCUCGCGACUACACCAGACCAGGUCUGUCUCGGAGACGCAAAGCAGCGCUCAGUUACCUCGAGGCUGCCUCCUCUUCAGAGACCCUUGAGAAACUGGGAGCAACAGUCGGCUAUGCAGAGACAUACCGUAAGACCAAUCUAGGCUUCAUGCCUCACCAUAUUUCUGACAAACUUACCCAGUCACUAUUUUGCCUCGUUGACCGAGGACAUGUCUCGGCCUGCCGGCUUCUUAGCCAAGUGAAAACCCAGGCCAACUACGAGAUCUUAAUGUCCGCUGUGCGAUACUGGCUGGAGUUGCAGCUGACUCAAGUCUCAACAAAUCUUUUAUACAACUGGGUAGCCCUCUGCCUAAAGCAUAAUCCCACUGACUUGUUAUCCGAGCAUGCUCACUUAUCGGAACGUGUUAACACGCUGGAGCAUUCGAGGUGCGCAAAGAUUGUGUCUCAUGAAGAAAAAAAUUCAAGCCCGUCGUCGUGGUCGUCUGUUACAGGUCCAUCUGUUACAGGUUCAGGAAGUAAAUCCAUUACACCUACGGCUAAGGAAGCUAUGGUUAAGGAAGCUAUGGUUAAGGAAGCAAUGGUUAAGGAAGCAAUGGCUAAGGAAGCAAUGGCUAAGGGAGAUAUGUCAAUAAUAGAAGAAGAUAUAUCAGUUACCAGAAGCGACUCGGCUAAAGCCAAAUGGUUCGCGACUCCUGAAGAAAAGGGUCAUCCUCGCAGACUCGAGAGCAAAGGAGUAAAAGGUCGGCUGGCGCUUCCUGUUGUUCUGCUUCAAGACAUAUGUGCAUCGUUGGAUUGUGUGAAGCUAGCUAUUGACUUAAACCCGGAGUUUGAUAUGCUAAGUCCCUGGAAUGAGUUCCGGCAGAUUCUGAUUAAAGUGAUUUCGCAGAUAGACGCCAUCCACGAGCUGUGUCCGGGAGCAGGAUUACUCACCCCGGCUUUACGUGCAGUGCUUACCAGCUCGGUCGACUUGAUGAGGAAUCCCCAGCUUCCGUUUCACAGGUGUCUCGGUGUGGAUGCUCCAGACGUUGUGGGUGGUCAGGAAAGCGAGGAUGAUUAUGAAGAAGAUCUGAGCCGCCAGGAGAAGUCUGGGAACAAUGAGAACUAUCCGGACCAAAAUUUUCAAGACGUGGAUUGUCGUCACGUGGACUGUCAGGACGAGCGCUACCAGGGAGGUAGAGCGGAUGGUAGUGGCGAUGAGAAGUGGAACGCGGCAGUUGGAAUAGAGAGGUCUGUCAAGGUCAGAUCUGGAACAGAGGAGCUUGACAUGUUGGAAGCCAUGGUGAAGGGUCUGGUGGAUCCGGACUUUGAGCACGAAGAGGAGGACGGGGAUGAGAGCGGCGACGUGAGUCCCGCGGUUCAGUCCAUUCUGGACUUUGUCGAUUGCGACCACAGCGACCCCUACGCCGUGCGUCCCAACCGACGAGGACGCUUGUUGGGUAGUGGGCUGCAUGAAGAUCUACUGCAAUAUGUUAAAGGCUAUUUCUGGGAUGACCGACUCGAAGGAGAUUAA